UAACAGUAGAGGUAGAAGAUUGAUACUAAGUCAUGAAGAUAUUAAAAAUUGGAUUUGCGAAGAACGAAGAGAUGUUAAAUAUAUUAGUCGAAAGCAAAAGAAAGAUGUGCGUUACCCCUAUCAGCUGAUAUAUUAUAACUGCAACAAAAGCUACAGUGGCUAUGAAAGUAAAGCAUUUAAGAGAUUUCCAAAGGCAGGGGGUAGCAAGAAAAUCUGUGGUACUUGUCCAUCAAGAAUCACUGCAAAAAUUUUUGAUGAAGGAACAGUGAAAAUUAAAUAUAUAAAAACACAUGUAGGACAUGAAGAUGAGGUGAGAUACCAAGGGUUGACAAAAAAUGAAAAACAAGAAAUUUAUUCAAAAUUGAAGAAUGAAGUAUGUAAAAAGAGAAUAUUAAAAGAUGCUCGGACCAUUAAAGGGAAUAAAUUGGAAAGACUACACUUAUUAACAAAAAUGGAUUUGAGAAACAUGAGUCGAAGUUUAUCAAAAACUAGAAAUGCUGAUGAUAUGGCUGCAACAACAAUAAAGGUUUUGCAUGAAUGGAAUCAAAGUGGCCAAAAUUAUGGAUUUUUAUUUAAACAAAUUGGUAAUGUAUAUGAUUAUUAUUUUGUUAGCAUGUGGUUUUUUACAAUUAGUUGGUGGUGUUGGUUGUUUAGCACAUGCUUAGCUUGGCUUGUAGGGGAAAGGCAUUCCAUUCUUAGAGAUGAAGAUUUUGCAGUGGGCUUUAUGAACCAGGUGAUGGAAUCUAAAUUGAAACAAUUCACAAAUAUUAUUUGUAUGGAUGGGACGCACAACACAAAUAUUAGAGGAUGGGAGUUAACAACAGUUUUAGUUAAAGAUGAUAGGGGUGUUGGUUUUCCCGUUGCAUUUUUAGUGUCUAGUAGAAAAGAUCAGUUAAUUUUUGAAAUUUUUUUAGAUGCUUUAAAGAAAAAAGUUGGUGAAAAAUUAUGUCCCACCUAUUUUAUGACAGAUGAUGACCCAAAAUAUUAUAAUGCAUGGAUAAACGUUAUGGAAACAAAACCAAGACAUUUAUUGUGUAGUUGGCAUAUUAUAAAAAAUUGGAACAUUCAAGGCAAAGCAAAAUUAAAAAAUACAGAAUUGAAGAAAAAUAUGAAGACCGAGAUGGGAAAAAUUUUAAAGGAAACAAAUGAAGAUAAAUUUAAAGAGCUAUACAACAGUUAUUUUCAGAUACUUUUUGAAGCGGGGGAAAUUAAUUUUUUGAAUUAUUUAAAAAAACAUUAUUUUCAGAAUAUGGAACGUAUUAAAAUGUGGGCUCACUGUUACAGACUAAAUGCUGGGAUCAAUACAAAUAUGGCAAUUGAAAGUCUGAACAAAUUUGUUAAAUAUGAUGAGUUGAAUAAGAAGAGAAAUAAUACAAUAGAGAAAUUAUUGGAUAUGUUAGACAGAGUAGUGGAAGACAAGGAAUGGAACAAAAUAAUAGAAACAGAAAGACCUUCUACAGAAACGUAUCAAAGCAGAAUUAAACACUAGAGAAAUGAGUGGAUUUUUGUGACAUGGGUUAUUAAUAGGUCCUCAUAGAAUCACCUUUAUAAAUAAUAGGAUGAGAAUUUUAUUUAUACAAUUUAGUAAUUAUAAUUUUUAUUACUGCUACUAUUACUAUGUAUUUUUCUG